AUGUCGUUCGGAACGUAUAAUUAUUGGGCACAACAACAACAGCUCGUAGCAGAUCAUUCGAGAGCAUCAAGAGCUCCAAGAAUAGUUGUUAUUAAUGAAAAAGAUCCCAAAAAAAGUACAGAGAAAGUAGUCACUUGGUUGCUUACACAUUAUCCAAAUUGUAAAGUAAUUCAGAUGGCAAUCGUAAAACAAAAUCAUCGAAUAUAUACUCGAGUGAUCUUUCAAACAGCUCAAGGUCAACGAAAGAUUAUUCUUUUCGAUGAAACCGCAUCAUAUCUAAACCGUGAAGGUGGAUCCACAAGUCUUUUUCCAACUGGAACAGUGGCUCGUCUAAAUCCAGGGACAGGAUCAAUCCCCACAAGGAUACAAAUCGUUCAACACUGA